CCUCACCACUUCUUCUCGACGGAAACACCGCGAGACCGCCUGACUUGCCCACUUUACUUCCUCAAAAUGUAAACAGUAUUUAUCGCAGAGGAAUGUGAAGUUGAACGGCAGGUCAUGAAAGAAACGGAUUUUAAAGCAUCUGAAUGCCACUAUGGUUCGUUUAAACUUGGAUAGGGAGCAAGAAUGCGUUUUUGAGCGGAAAACAGUUGGACUGAACAAGCGUUAAGGUUUGUAAGCUGAGUGGGAAUGGGUUCCUUCCUUCGCUGGUCCAAAUGGAGAAUAAAGAGAGCGACGAGGUGGAAAAAUUGAAGACGAAGUUCUUGUCGGCGUGGCACAAUGUGAAAUACAGUUGGGCUCUCAAAUCAAAGACGUCAUUUAGUAGAGAUUCUCCUGUGCUACUUUUGGGAAAAUGCUACCAUUUCAAGGCUGAAGAGGACAGCAGUCUGAGUGAGGCCUGCUGUGAUGAGGACCUUGUCAUGGGGAACGUGGAGGCUUUCCGGAAGGAUUUUGCAUCCCGAGUGUGGCUGACGUACAGGGAGGAAUUCCCCCCGCUGCCAGGCAGCACCCUGACCUCUGACUGUGGCUGGGGCUGCAUGCUGCGCGCUGGACAGAUGAUGCUUGCACAGGCUCUUGCUCUGCACUUUCUGGGCAGAGAUUGGACCUGGUCAGAAGCACUGACACUGAAGCCUUUGGACACAGAGACAUGGACCAUGACUGCAGCCAAGCGUCUGGUGGCCUCUCUGGAGGCUUCUCUGCAAAGCUCUCCCGGGACUUCCGAUAACAGACCAACCCUUCCACCCAAGGGCCAAGCUUCUGGAUCGGCAGAGGAGGCAGAUGCACAUUUGAAGGAGCUGUACCACCGCAAUCUGGUGUCCUGGUUUGGCGACAGCAGCUCAGCCCCACUAGGCCUGCACAGGCUUGUGCACUUAGGCUUGACGAUGGGAAAGCAGGCAGGGGACUGGUAUGGCCCAGCUGUGGUGGCACACAUCCUGAAGAAAGCUGUCGAGGAAGCGAUGGACCCUGCCUUGGCGGGUAUAACUGCUUAUGUCUCCCAGGACUGCACAGUGUACAGUGCAGAUGUCAUUGAUUGCCACAAUGGUGCCAAAGCCGGACAGGCCUCUGAUCAGACAUCGGAUACCAAUCCUUUAGAGCAGAAAGAUCAACCAGAAUCUGUACACACUUUCCCAGACAGCCGUGCUGUAAUCAUCCUCAUCCCUGUCAGGCUUGGAGGGGAGAGGACUAACCCUCAGUAUUUCAACUUUGCAAAGAGUAUACUUAGUCUGGAGUACUGCAUUGGCAUCAUCGGAGGAAAGCCCAAACAAGCGUGCUACUUUGUUGGAUUUCAAGAUGACAGCUUGAUUUACAUGGACCCUCAUUACUGUCAGUCUUUUGUGGAUGUCAGCACCAGCAAUUUCCCUCUACAGUCCUAUCACUGCCCCUCGCCAAAGAAGAUGCCUUUCAGCAAGAUGGACCCAAGCUGCACCAUCGGUUUCUACUCCAGAAGCAGUCAGGACUUUGAGAGAAUCAGGGAAGAGCUAUCCAAGGUUCUGCAGCCGUCACCUAAGGAAAAAUACCCAGCAUUCACAUUCAUGCAAGGUCACGGAGGAGAUUAUGACCUGUAUGCAGGCCUGACCCCAGAGAAGCGGGAAUGGCCAUUCAUCCGCGACCGGCGGGCCACUCUCACCAUUGCUGGGGACUUUGUGCUUCUCUGACAGUCCUGUCUCGGCAGGUAGGGUCCCCCAAACGGCUCGAAAGUCAAUGUCACACUUAUGAAAUUGUCCUAAUACCGAGGUUCAUAUAAGUUUUUAAAACCACACUAACACAGUCUUUACGUCUUGGAAAGGCUGCUCCAGGACAAAACUCUUUUCAUGUCCUGGUGAUGUUAACUGCCUCAGUAACUAGCCAGGAUCCUGCUUUUGAAGAUCUGCUGAAUCGAAAGACCCUUUAUUCUUUAUUUUUUGGUUUAACCAGCACAAAGGAAAAUAAUGUACGUUUUGCACCUUUACAUGUAUUUUUGUAGACAAGUUGUGAAUACACACUUUAUGAAAACUUUGUCACACUUCAGGCCUCGUAAUUAAAAUUAGGGUAGAUUAGAAUCUUUUUGGUUCAGAAUAAAACCACAUUUAAAUAGUUGUUUAAAAAAGUCUUCAUUUGACAUGAAAGUGAUUGCAUCUUUAAGUAUUCUUUAUGUAUUUUUUUUGUUAUACCCCUGAUGGUUUAUGGCAAAAUUACUAGUGUAGAUGUAGAUAUUUCCUUAAAUUAAUUAAGAAUGUAAAUUAAAACAGUGGGGAAUCAGUGACCAGAUUUGGGGUGUUCAAAAUUAAAAUAGCAUGUGAUACUAUUGCAUAGAAUAUAUUUUUGGAAGUAUGUAACUAUGGGCAAUCAUGACAAAGCCUAAUUUUGUUUUGCAUUCUUAGUUUGGAAGGGGGCACUCAUUUCUUUUGCAUGAAUUAGUAGAUUAGAUGAUCUUUUAUAAAUCAACUAUUUGCACACAAUGAGGUAUGAUUAAAGACUUGAUUAGAAAAAUAUUUUUUGCAAUUCCUUUUUACUAUGAAAUAAGCCCCAAACAUAAGAUUUUAUUCAAUGAGAUUUGACAGGAUUUCCAUAGAAUUAUCCAUAGGUCCACUGACAUUUCCAAUCUGAAUUAAUUUCUAAUGGUGCCAUGUAGAAGUAAUAAUUAUAUCUAAAAUCAGUGUAUGGUGUUUGAAAUUUCUUCUUAGGGCAAUAUUAGGAAUACUUGAAGUUUCAUAAUUUGCCUAAAAUCUUUUGUAUGAGGCACGGCUUUUCUGAUGAUAGACCGAGCCAAGUGACUAUUACAGAGUUCUCAGCGAAGUUCAUUUCAGUAAGCUAGCAAAAUUCUGAAAAACAUACAAAUCAAACAACAGCUCUCUAAAUUGAUACUUUAGCUAAUUUAUACCUCUCAGCAAUAAUGUGUUACUCUGUGUGUUCCUUUAUAUGCAUGAAGUUGAAAGCGAUGAGUGCUAGCAAGAGUCAAAGGGAUGAACCGGUCAUCUGCCAUACCUCAGGAAGCAGCAGGCGACGUGUGUUCCACAUUUAGAUUCAGCACUCAAAGGCAAAACAUAAAGCAGUUUCAGUGUAUAGUAAGAAAAACAUUUCAAAUGUCAACAUCAAUAAGUUUAAUUUUUUUUAAAAAUCCGUUAUUACCCAUUAUAUUGUUAAGUCUCCGGGAUUGUUUCAACAUUUCAUGUUUCUUUCACUAAGAUGGCUACUACUUUCUUUUUCUUUCUCAGAUCUAUUUUCUACCAGUGAGUGUAUAAAAAUUUCUGUCUGUGCAAUAACUACAAAUGAUCAAACUGUAAAUGCCAAUGUAAGUGCAUGAGAUGAUAUGCUGAGUUACAAACCUCAGUCAAGCACUUUUGGAACGUGAAAAACACUGCAGUAUCCUGAAUCAUUGUCAUGUGUUUUCAUACAGAGCAAAACCUGCACUGCAUAACUAUUUCCAAAACCUACAAAAGUAUGUGUAAAUCUACUCUGUAAAAUGUUCUAACACUGUCACUGACAAAAGAAAAGCUGAAUAAAGUA